AUGUUCCGUUUCAUUCUGUUGGUGGUGUUGGCCACCCUGCUGGCCACGACCGAGGCGUUCAGGUGCGCCCGCUGCGGCACCUACGAGUGCGCCCCGGAACCCCCUGACGCCCAGUGCGCGCCCUGGGGUAAGGUGCUGGACGUGUGCAACUGCUGCACUGUCUGCGCCCAACAGCUGCACGAGAGGUGCGGCGCCCAGUUCGCCGGAUCGCCCAAGUGCGGCCGCUGUCUGAAGUGCGUGAAGCCGCCGCUGGAGCCCGGAGAGCACCCGUACAACCAGUGGGGCGCGUGCGAGCUCGACUGUAGCUCCAAGGAUUGUCAGAAGGACCCGGUGCCUGUGUGCAAGAUAUUUGAACUGAGCGAUCGGUCCAGUCAGUGA